CCGCAGCCACUCAGGCGCGUGGGGGGUGGGCUGGCGUGCGCGCGCCGUGCAAGAUCAAAAAAGCCAUUGAGAGACACCAGGAAAAUCAAUACACAUAUUUUUUUCCUUGCUAUUUUAUUUUUUUACCCGAUAAGUUAUGUAUCUGAAGAAUACUGCUGCUUUACAAGGACUCUACACAUCCAGACGAGCUGUAUGAAGGUUGUCUGGGAACAUUUUUAGGCUACGUUGUUUACCUCUUCAAGGCCCAGCCAUGAAAUCCGUACUGGACGGUAUAGCUGACACGACGUUCCGGACAAUAACCACGGGUCUGCAGUACCUGAGCUCCAAUGACGCCAGCUAUGAUGACACCUCCAUCAACGCCGACGUCACCAAAGGUGGAUACCACCCUUUCAACAAGCCCCUGUCGGCCUUCCGGAGCGAUGCCUUCCGGGGCAAGGUGCUGGCGGGUGAGGAGCUCAUCCUUAAAGGCAUCCCCUUUUAUCCCACCAAUGUCACGGAACUUCUCGGCAACAGAAGCAGCGACGUGGCUGAAGAAGGGAGUAUCCAGUGUGGGGAGAACUUCAUGGACAUGGAGUGCUUCAUGAUCCUGACCCCCAGCCAGCAGUUGGCUGUGGCUGUGAUGGCGCUCACCCUGGGAACCUUCACCGUGCUGGAGAACCUGGUGAUACUGUGCGUGAUCCUGCACUCCCACACGCUGCGUUGUCGGCCCUCCUACCACUUCAUUGGAAGCCUGGCUGUGGCUGACCUGCUGGGCAGCGUCAUAUUUGUCUACAGCUUCCUAGACUUCCAUGUGCUGCACAGGAAGGACACACCCAACGUGUUCCUAUUCAAGCUGGGUGGGGUCACAGCUUCGUUCACUGCCUCGGUGGGAAGCCUCUUCCUGACUGCCAUCGACCGCUACAUCUCAAUCCACAAGCCCUUGUCCUACAAACGCAUUGUCACCAAGACAAAGGCCAUUGUGGCCUUCUGCUUGAUGUGGGCCAUUUCCAUCAUCAUUGCAGUGCUCCCCUUGUUGGGUUGGAACUGCAAACGCCUCAACUCCGUGUGCUCAGACAUUUUCCCCCUCAUUGAUGAGAACUACUUGAUGUUCUGGAUUGGAGUGACAAGCAUUCUGCUGCUCUUCAUCAUCUACGCGUACGUGUUCAUCCUCUGGAAGGCGCACCACCAUGCUGUCCGCAUGCUGAGCCGCAGCUCUCAAAAGAGCACCAUCGUGUACACGUCGGACGGCGCCAAGGUGCAGACCACUCGGCCCGAUCAGACGCGCAUGGACAUCCGGCUGGCCAAGACGCUGGUGCUCAUCCUGGUGGUGCUGAUCAUCUGCUGGGGCCCCGUGCUGGCCAUCAUGGUCUACGACCUCUUCUGGAAGAUGAACAACUUCAUCAAGACGGUCUUCGCCUUCUGCUGUAUGCUCUGCUUGCUCAACUCCACCGUUAACCCCGUCAUCUACGCCCUUAGGAGCAAGGAUCUGCGCUGUGCCUUCCUGAGCAUCUUCCGGGCGUGCACAGGUGCAUCGCAGCCUCUGGACAACAGUUUGGAGUCGGAUUACCAGAGCAGGAAUGCCAACAAGCCGGGCGAGAGCUGCGUGAAGACCACGGUGAAAAUAGCCAAAGUGACCAUGUCCAUGUCUGCGGAAACUUCUGCAGAAGCUGUCUGAGGUGCCUUCUGGACACAAGUCUGAACAAACCUGAGACAAACAAACCCACAAGUCAUCACCAGUACUCUGAAUGUUACUAUAGUGAAAUAUGAGGGACAGGAGCUAAUCCAGAGGAAUUUCAGACACGGGGUAGAAAACACGGGAAAUACAUCAAUGUGGUGUUUCAGUUCUUGUGCCAAAAAGAGGAACUGGAUAGGGAGAGUUGGAAAAAUAUCCUUUUGAUAUUACUGAUGAAUGUCAUCUUUAUUAGCAAUGAGAUUAUAUGGUAUUCUGUACUCCAUGGAUAUUUAAGUUGUCCGGGAUGUAAUCUUUGUGAUUUCAUUAGGGGUAACUGUAUUUUUACUGUGAAAUUAGAUUCUUCAACAUGGAAUCUUUACACUUGUUAAAAGGAUCUAUUGAGAUGUUCAAUUAGACAUCUCAGCGUGUAUAAUUAAGCAUGUGCAUACUCUGUUAUGAAAAGAAUUACAUAAUCUUUUGCUCUGAAUGACUCACUUUGGCACAGUAUGGAAAGUCAAUGAGAUUGUUACAAAAGAGAAGUGGAGAAAAGCAAGGUGGAUCUCCAAAAAGAGGAAUAGCUUAAUUUUUUUUUUUUGUCCAUUGUAAAUAUUCACUGGGUAAUAUGUAAAACACACAUUAUAUUUCUUUGGUUGAAACCGCUCAUUUUAUUGAACCCAGCUGAUCCUGUAAAGACAAAUUAUGAAAUAUGCUGCGGGUCAGUAGGGGGCAUAGUGGUUAGAG